CUGUAGCCAUGACGGGCCUGAGGAAGUAAUGUGUUACACACUGAGAUGAGGGAGCUGCUUGACAGGCUGGGUCCAGCUUUCACUGAAUCACCUAUGUAUUAAAUCUCAUUGUCCGACAGGCUCUCCAUCAUGAGCAUUUCCUGCAACUCCUUAGCUCGAGAGUUUUUGACUGAUGUCAACCAGCUCUGCAAUGCAAGUGCUCAAGGACCAGAAGGAAAAGAUGAUGAUGAGGAGGAAAGCAACAUGGCAGUUCUUGGUGAAUACUUAGUUAAUGGACGGGGGUUAUGGCUGCUGAGAACUCUGAAUGCCAAUGUUGACCAGGAUUUAACAUGCAGAGAGGAACUGCUUACUUUACUCCUGUCUCUGCUACCUCUAGUUUGGAAGAUUCCAGUACAGGAAGAAAAAGCAAGAGAUUUUGAACUUCUUCCCCUUUCAUCAGACUUGCUUGCACCCAAAGAGACAAAAUCAAGUCAUCAAAAAUCUCAGGAAAAGAUAGCAGCUGAAGUAGUUUCUCCGUCAGAAUUUCUGUCGCCUAUAAAACCUACCCUACUACACCGCAAAACAAAGAGUCAGUGCAAAACUCAGCAUCGGAAUUCAGCAAAAGAUGCAAGAAAAGCCCAGUUGUCUUCGUCAGACUCUGAGGCGAACACAGAAGAGAAGAUGCCUGCUAUGAUUAAGCAGAGACGGUCACAGACUGCACAACCAGCAGCCAUGUAUUCUAGGAAGCAGCCACAAAACAAAGGAGAAUACAGAAAGCCUCCAGAUAGCAUGCGUUCUGAUAUGUUGGAAAAUAUAAACCCCUCAGAGGAAACUUGCUCUGAGGUUUUAAACGACCUAGCUGCCUUGCAUAUUGUGCAAAAUAUGGAAAACUCUCCUUUUGACCUCUGUCAUGUCUUGUUGUCUUUACUAGAAAAGGUUUGCAAGUUUGAUAUAAUGCUGAACCAUAAUUCUUCAUUGGCAGCCUGUGUCAUUCCAACAUUAACAGAGUUUCUUUCAGGAUUUGGUGACUGUUGUUCCCCUGAGCGGCAAGCCCUUUCACCGGGUUGGACAGAGGAACCUAUAGCUCUUCUUCAAAGAAUGCUGUUACGUACAGUCUUACAUCUUCUUUCAGUAGAUAUUGGAAGUACUGAUGUUAUGCCUGACAAUCUGAGAAAGAACCUUAUUGAUUUGUUAAGAGCAUCCUUAAAAAUUAAGUCUUACUUAGAAAAAAACAUAGACCCUUUUGCACCCAGGCAAAAGAAAACACUACAAGAAGUUAAAGAUGACUUUAAUUUCUCUAACUGUCGACAUCAAGCGCUUCUUUUACCAGAGCUUCUCAGAGGUGUCUUGCAAAUGAUCCUGUCGUGCCUUCAGUUUUCAUCCCCAAAUCCUUUUUAUUUCAGCCAAUCCAUAGAGAUAUUGCAUGAGUUUAUACAGCACAGUGGAUUUGAGUUGUUUGAACGAACGGUACUUCAAAUGGAAUGGAUCUGUUCAAGAGAUGAAAGCAUUUCUUCUGAAGCUACUGAUCAUGUGUUAAUACUUAUCAGCAGUGUAAUAAAAAUAAUCAGUGUGAUCAAAAAAGUUAAAUCUGAGCAGCUCCACCAGUCUAUGUGUACAAGAAAAAGGCAUCGGAGAUGUGAACUUUCACAGUUCAUUCAUCAUCAUCGUGAUCUUUCAGGACUUCCAGUUUCACUGUUUAAAAGCCAGAUCUUCAAAAAUCCUUUUGAAGAGAAUUCAAAUGAAGUCCAUUUUCCUGAACGCAGCUGCUGUAUUGCUGUGUGUGUGCACCAAUGUCUGCGUUUACUUCAACAAGUCUCCUUAACUUCAACCUACCUACAUAUUCUCUCUGGUAUUUGCAAUACUGGCAUUUGCUGUUGUAUGGAUCCCAAGUCAGUUAUUACUCCUUUGCUUAAUGCAUUCAAAGUACCUGCUUUAAAAAGCUUUCAACAAAACAUAAUGGCUAUCCUCACAAAUCUCAUUUUAGAUCAGUUGGGUGGAGCUGAAGUCUCUCUUAAUGUGAAACAAGCAACCUGUAACAUUUGCAUUAUGGAUCAAGACCAGCUGGCUGAAUUAGAAGAGACAAUUCAGGGUCGAGCUAUAGAUUCUAGUUUGGUAUUAAGUUCAUGCAGCCCUUCCUACAGAUUUCAAGGUAUAUUACCAAGUAGCGGAUCGGAAGACAUGGUUUGGAAAUGGGAGGCUUUGGAAGCGUAUCAGGAUAUUGUUUUUGGAAAUGACACCCAACUCAGCUUGCAAAUUGCCAGCCAUAUAUGUAAUUUAAUGCAGAAAGGCAAUGCAGUUGUUCAGUGCAAAUUGUACACUCUUAUCUUUAAUGGAAUCUUACAACGAGGGGUAGAGAUGGCGCAUCAUUCUCAGCAUUUGGGAGUAACAACAUCAUGUAGCAAGGCAUGCAGCUACCACAAAAACUGUUUCCCGGAAGAACUACUUAAGAUUUAUUUACAGGCGUUACCUGAGCUGCUAAAGAUCAGGGUAAUUAGAGAAGUAUUCUUAAAUUUAAAUGGAUUAAAUCAAAUGACUGAACUUAAUUACUUGGACUCUGUGAGGUGUCUCUGUUUAAAAGUAUUCGAGACACUCAUAGUAUGUUUUGGAGAACAACAAAUGGACCAUCUGACUCCUGAUGUCGAUAAUGAUAAAAAGGAAACCAAGCAGGAACCCAGUGCUCUUCAGACACAAGAAGCUUGUUCAGAUGCUUCUCAAAGUUUAAGCAAAUUCUAUGCAGGUUUAAAAGAAGCUUGUCCAAAGAAAAAAAAGGAUGCACACCAGAACAUUAAUACAAUAAACCUUUUCCUCUGCUUGGCCUUUUUUUGUGUCAGUAAGGAGGCAGACACCGAGCUUGAAUCUGCAAAUGAGUCUGAAGAUACUUCUGGUUAUGACAGCACGGCAAGUGAGCCUCUAAGCAACAUUUUACCGAAGCUGCCAAUCGAAAGCCUUGUCUUGCCUUCUGCAGAGCAUAUUCACAGAGCAGCUGACAUCUGGUCUAUGUGUCAUCGGUUAUACUUAUCAAGUUCACUUUUCCAGAAGCAGUUCCACAAACUGGGUGGCUUUGAAUUAUGCCAUAGACUUGUAAUAAUGAUCAUCCAAAAGCUUUCAACGAAAGACUCAAAGAAUAAAAAUGUGCUCAGUCCUGAUUGUUGGAACAGCAGCGUCAAAGGGAAGGUUGUUCUUGAUUCUCAUAUCAGAAAUGAUAAAGAAAGUAAAGCAUCUUUAUCUGAGGAGCUUAUGGACCAGCUAGAGCCUCAGUUCACUUUAACUAGUCCUCCCUAUGGUUUAACCAGUUCACUUCCAGCUGGACUUGAAACUGAGAAAGGGUGGUCGAUCCAGAUUGUGAGAUUGUUUGAAGCACUCUUGUCUAUAUGUCUUUAUAGUACAGGAACCAGUCAACAAAAAACAGACUCCGAAGUGUCAUGCCAGAAUCUCUCUGCCCAACACAUCAUUUUUGGAAUUCAAGAGCAGUUUUCAAAAUCACAGAUACUGCAAACAAAUCUAGCCCAGCCAAUUUUUGAUUGUCUUCUUCGCGUCGCUGUUGGAAAUACUGCAUCUGACCACUUUGAAGAACGACAAGAAAAGGAACACAAAUCAGGUAAUGAGUCCGUUUUGCCAACUGGAGGACUUACUGAGGAGCAUGAUGAAGGACGCAGCUUCAAAGUUUUUGCAGAAGAGGAAGGAUAUGAAGCAGAUAGUGAAAGCAACCCAGAAGAUGCUUCUGAAGAAGAGGAAAUCAAAAUAGAACCAGAAGAAAUAUGCACUUCCAGCUACCUGGUUAAUGUGAGCAGUAAUGGGGAAUUGUUGUAUCCUGAAAUCUGUUCACUAGAAUUGAAUUUACUUUCUGGUGACCAUACAGACACAAAAUUGGUUACCCAUAUUUUUCAUAGUUUCCUGAAAAUAAUGAGGACCAAGAAAAAAAAUGCAAUCCUUCUAAUACAACAGGGAACAAUAAAAACCUUAUUAAUGGGUUUUCAACAUAUCUUGACAAAAAGUGAUCCCGACUUGCAAGAAUGCCAUGAAGUGCUGAUUGAACUGUUGGUGUCUUUAAUGAGCUACAAAACUUGUUCAGAGGAGCUUGCACUCUUUCUUCGAUAUUUUCUGGAAACAACUUUGCCAUAUGGUAUACUGCUUCAAGGAAUUCUGAACAUUAUAGAGGCCAAUAACAGCAUGAUGCCCCUGAAGUACAUCACAUUCCCUCUGCAGCAGAUGUCUGCUUUGGGAACUUCUGUUUCACAGAAACCUGGCAUUACUUCCGGUAAAAUGACCGGAUUUUUAAGAAGAACAAAAAUUUUGCAAAAUAAAGAUUGUAGUGGAGAAAACUGGAGUAAUUAUCUUUCCUCUUGGUAUGUUGCUCCUAUUCACUUGCCUUUGGUUGGGCAGAACUGCUGGCCACACAUGUCAGAUGGCUUUAGCUUUACCCUGUGGCUUAACCUGGAGUAUAAUUCAGAUGUGGAAAGUUUAAUGGAGAGAGGAAAGAAGACAAAGAGAAAAACCAAACCGUUUCCUGUUCACUCAGAGAACACAGAAGGAGAAAAGUCUUCAGGCUCUGAUUAUCAUAUUAAUGACAAGCUAGUAGAGGAUGGUUAUGUACAUGUUAUCUCCUUGGGGUCAAAGGCAUUGAUGUUACAGAUCUGGGCCAGCAUAAUCACUGGACAUCUCAUUUUUAGAGUCUGCGUAGACCCAAAUGAUGAAGCUAAAAGUGGUUUGCUGGCACAGGCUGAAACAGAAGAAGCUAUUUUCCUCCAUGGCAAUUGGCAGCAUUUGGCAUUGACUUACAAAGAACAAAUGGAGAGUAAGAAAAAAGCCUGUAGCAAAAUACAGAUGUGGGUCUCAGGUCAACGGAAAAGGGAAGUUACAAUAGAAUACAUUCCACCACGAAAGGCAAGCUUGUCAUCUGACAGUAACAAAACUUUUUGUAUGAUCGGACACUGCACAUCCCAAGAAGACAUCACUCAUUUAAGUGGAAAACUGAAUUUAGGGAACGUUCUUCUAUUCAAUGGUGCAAACAUUGGUGUACAAGAGGCCUUUGAUUUAUACUGUCGGGGUCCAGAUUUUACUUCACUGAUGCCAUGUAAAUAUGGAAAAAUGAUUAUAGACCACUCCAAGUAUAUAACUAAAGAGAUUCUACAAAACAGUGAAAUUAAGGACCUCCUUAUGAAAAGCAAAGAUGUUGACAUGGGUCAUUUGAUUGAAAACCUUGCUGUUGUUUAUGACAUGUGCAAUCCAGGACAAUAUACAAUCUAUGAACCAGUAAUUAGGAUGAAAGGAAGCCUGAAAACUGCACCUACCCAGAGACCAUUCAGUACAAAAGAUGUCACCAGCAGUGCCCUGGAUUCCCAAGCCUUAAAAAUGCUACAGCCAUCUCUCCUGAAAAACAUACAGAGCAUCUUACAUGAGGUUGGAGGAAUUGCAGCAUUUGUUUUUCUGUUUGCAAGGAUUGUGGAAGUUAGCGACUCGGAGGAGACACAGUCUUUAGCAUUACAGAUCAUAUUGUCUCUUUUGAGGAACAACCAACAGAGAAUUCAGGAAAGUGAAAAUUGUGACGUUUAUUCAAUGAUUCACCAAGUUUUAAUCAGGCCAAAGUGUAUCGUUGGGUUCCAUAUUUUAAAGACCCUUCUCAAGGGAUGCACUGGUGAUCAAAUGUUCAACAUGUGUGAGAAUGGACAAUUCAGUCUUAAUGUGGAUGCUACAUCUGUGAUUCAAGAUGUGCGGCUACUAGAAUAUCUGCUGCUAGACUGGAGGAUUUGGUCAAAGGCUGAGACAGGCGUUUGGGAAACUCUAUUAACCGCACUGGAGAUCUUAAUCAGAGAUACACAUCCUCAGCAAGUGUUUAAUAUCAAGCAGUUGCUAAAGGCGAGAGUGGUACAUCAUUUCCUGUUGGCUUGUCAAGUUCUUCAGGAGCACAGAGAAGGACACCUUACAUCCAUACCGCAAGAUGUAUGUAGGUCGUAUAUAAAAAUCAUUGAAGAAGUUCUUGGGUCACCUCCAGACUUGGAACUGUUAAAGCUAAUCUUCAGUUUCCUUUUGGCUGUUCACCCUCCCACAAACACUUAUGUUUGUCACAAUCCUAGCAACUUUUUCUUCUCUUUGCACAUAGAUGGAAAGAUAUUCCAAGAAAAAGUAAAAUCAAUUGUGUACCAGAGGCAUUAUAGCUUUGGAGGACGGUCUAGCAUUAGUCCUGGAUAUUCACACAGAAGUCCUUCCGGAUUUUCAAAUACAUUGCCAAAAGGCAGUGCUGGCUCCCUGUUUGCCUCACAACAUCAUGCAUAUCUGUCUGUAGUACAUAAGUCUCGCUCUAGAAGCUUGCCAGCAUCUCCGUCCACUUCACCUAAAAUACCUCCUAAACGAAUUGGAGGAAGCUUAGGUAGGAGUACCGACGAUCUGAAAACCACUCCUAAAACCUUUACCGAAGACCAAGAGAAAAUCUGUAGUUCUGCAGGAAGCACUGAAACGCUAAAAAGGGUGGAAGAGCAAUACAUCAGCAGCUGUGAAUCUGCAAAGACCAUUUGUGAAUCGGACAGACUCCCUGUUGGUAUCACAAUUGAUCCACUGAAAGAGGAUGUUGACAUUGCAGUUUUCCAUUUUGAAGAUAAAGAGGUUGAUACAGAACAAAAAAUUACUAACGAAUUUGAUGGAGAUGAUGCACUGCCACAGCGACCGGACCAUCUGAAAGGGAUUUACUCCCUCAAGAAAGGUCACAGUAACAUGACUAGCUUAGGCCUAGCCUUUCCUCCAGGUAGACCUUCUGCUAUGUCAUGUUGGACAAAUAUUCCAGAUAAAAAGCAUUCUGAUGAAUGGGAUAAUUUCCAGUUCUCACCGCUUUUCAGUCUAGCUCAAAACAGUCGUGACAAUGUAAAUGAAAGAUCCAUGGAAGAUUGCAUUACACUGAUAUGCUGUGGACUCUAUGCUCUUUUACGAGGUGUUCUGCUAACCAUGCCUGAUUUCAUGCUUGGAGAUGUUUUAGACAGUGUUAUCCAACCUGACAUCUUGAUAGUUUUGGUUAACCACCAGUCUCCUCUCAUCCAACAAGGUGUAAUAAAAUUGCUGGAUGCAUAUUUUCAUCGAGCAUCCAAAGAUCAGAAAGAAAAGUUCUUAAGGAGACACGGCUUUUCCUUACUAGCAAACCAAAUGUAUCUUCACCAAGGCACUCAGGGAGUGCUGGAAUGCUUUUUAGAGAUGUUUUUUGGACGACACAUUGGCCUGGAUGAAGAAUUUGAUGUUGACGACAUUAAGAACACCAGUGUUUUUCGCAAGUGGUGCAUCAUUCCUGUACUGGGUCUGAUUGAGAAUUCUUUGUAUGAUUUCACAUUACUACACAAUUCCUUCUGCCUUUUGCUUCAGAUUCUCAAUUCUUGCUCAAAAGCAGCAGAUAUGUUGCUUGACAAUGGCUUGCUAUAUGCAUUUUGUAAUACACUGGCAGCCUUAGGUGGCAUUGAAACAAGUGUUCCUACGGAUGAGUAUAUUCUGCUUGUCUGUGAUAUACAGCAGUUACUGGUAGCUGUCACAAUCCAUUCUUGCAGUUCAUCUGGAUCUCAGUACUUUCGAAUAAUAGAAGAUCUGAUCAUAUUACUUGGAUAUCUGCUUGAAAGCAAAAAUGAAAGAACACAAAACUUGGCAGUUUUACUGCAAUUCAAAGUUUUACAGGCUGCUAUAGACUUUAUAAAGACAACAGCAAACCAAGAUUCUCAAACUCUUGCUGGUUCCUUCCAUUUCAUCCCAACUCCUCAACAUGCAAAAUACCCAAAGAGGAAGAGUAUUGCCGGCUCAGUUGCAAUGAAAGACUCCAUUAUUCCUCGAAUCCCAAGAAAGCACUUUUGCUCAUACGGACAACUUCCGAUGCCCCCAUCCUACAGUUUUUUAAGCCAGGAGUCGCCCCUCCAGUCACCCAUUGGAUUCACAACUUUCACAUACCCAGACGAAACAGAUGUCCAUAGAUUGUCUCUUGCUCAAUCUGACCCAUUAUUAAUGACAAUGCGCACAGUAGCAAGCAAUGAACUCACAAUAAUGAUGCAGAGGAGAAUGAGUCAAGAAAAUCCAAUCAGGGCAUCUGAAUCUGAAUUUAUACAAAGACUUCAGAGACUGACACUCUUAGCUGUUAAUCGGUUAAUUUACCAAGAUAUCAAUAAAAAAUGCCAUGUUGAUCUGUGUGUGCAAGAUACCUCAGAGAAAAGGAGGUAUUCUGGAUCUCAGUUUGAAUCUUCUGAAGAGGAGAUGCAGCUUGAUCUUGCCAGUGUUAAAAAUAAGUUUCAGGAGGAACUUCUUAAAACUAUGAUUGAUGGAAUCAAUUUUUCUCUGGGAACAAAUAGGAGCAGUUCACCUAAGCAUCAGUGGAAGACCAUACUCUGGUCUGGUAAAGACACAUUUCGAGUUCAACUUGGGAGGCUUCUUGUUCAUAUUUUAUCCCCAACACAGCCAAUAGAGGAACGAAAAAAGGUCCUUGAUAUAGUCCAAGAACCUAAACAUCCAGAAAUCCUGAGAGACUGUUUAAAUUUUAAUCCACAUUUACAACAUGGACCAAAGUUAGCUCUUUAUCUGUAUGAAUUAAUGCAAGACCAUAAGGAAGAGCUAACAAAGGAAGAACAGACGGCAGCAGAAAUGUUUAUGCGUGCGUUGAAAUUAGCUGGUUACAAAUGUGUCCCACCCAAUGCUCCACCCAAGCCAGAUCUGAUAAAAGCUAUCCAAGAGGAGCAGAAAAAAUAUGAGAAUGAAGAGAUUGCAAGCAAAGCUGCAUGGAAAAAAACUAUUUCAACCAACCAGCACAAACUCUUUCAGCGACUUGAAUCAAAGUUAAAGGACAUUUCAAAAAUUGCUGGUGAUAUAACUCAAAGUGUGUCAUUAUCUCAGGGACUGGAAAGAAAAAAGGUUAUUGAGCAUAUUCGAAGCAUGUAUAAAGUAGAUUUAAGUGCAAGCCGACACUGGCAAGAGCUUGUUCAGCAGCUGACACAUGACAGGGCUGUUUGGUAUGAUCCAGAAUCCUAUCCAACUUCUUGGCAACUAGAUCCAACAGAGGGUCCAAACAGAGAGAGACGGCGUUUACAAAGGUGCUAUUUAACCAUUCCAAACAAAUACAUUCUCAGGGACAGACAGAAACCAGAAGAGACCAUUAAGCCACCACUCUCAUACCUUUUUGAAGAUAAAACCCAUUCCUCAUUUUCUUCUACGGUGAAAGAUAAAGCAGCAAGUGAACUAAUACGAGUGAACCGAAGAUGCAUCAAUGUUGCUCCAGCUAGAGAAACGUUGGGAGAACUGUUGUUAGGUAAAUCUGGGAUGUAUUUUGUUGAAGACAAAGCACCUGACACUGUGGAAUCUAGUUCUCUUAAUGGGGAAACAGAAGCAGCCUCAUUUUCAUGGACUUACGAAGAAAUCAAAGAGGUCCACAAACGCUGGUGGCAGCUGAGGGACAAUGCUGUUGAGAUAUUCUUAACAAACGGAAGAACACUGCUACUAGCUUUUGACAACACAAAAGUACGAGAUGAUGUUUACCAUAACAUUUUGAGUAAUAACCUUCCUAAUCUUCUGGAAUAUGGAAAUAUAACAGCUCUUACUCAUCUGUGGUGCACUGGACAAAUCACUAAUUUUGAGUACCUGACACAUUUAAAUAAGCAUGCAGGGCGUUCUUUCAAUGAUUUAAUGCAGUAUCCAGUUUUUCCAUUUAUACUGCGGGAUUAUACCAAUGAAACACUUGAUCUCAGUGAUCCGGCUAUUUACAGAAAUCUUGCAAAGCCUAUUGCUGUCCAGUCAAAAGAAAAGGAAGACCGUUACAUAGACAAUUACAAGUAUUUAGAAGAUGAGUAUUGUAAAGGAGACCGAGAAGAUGAUCCAAUGCCACCAGUGCAGCCAUAUCAUUAUGGAUCCCAUUAUUCCAACAGUGGCACAGUUCUUCAUUUCUUGGUCAGAAUGCCACCAUUUACCAAAAUGUUCUUAGCAUACCAAGAUCAAAGUUUUGAUAUCCCUGAUAGAACGUUUCAUUCCAUGAAUACAACAUGGCGUUUGUCUUCUUAUGAGUCAAUGACUGAUGUUAAAGAGCUGAUUCCUGAAUUUUUCUACUUACCAGAGUUUUUGGUAAACAGAGAAGGAUUUGAUUUUGGUCUUCGUCAAAAUGGCGAGCGGGUGAAUCAUGUGAAUCUACCUCCAUGGGCACGAAACGAUCCACGACUCUUCAUCUUGAUACAUCGCCAGGCGCUUGAGUCAGAUCAUGUGUCACAAACAAUUUGUCACUGGAUUGAUCUUGUGUUUGGCUAUAAACAGAAGGGUCGUUCUGCUAUCCAAGCUAUCAAUGUGUUUCAUCCAGCUACAUACUUUGGAAUGGAUGUUUCUGCUGUUGAAGAUCCUGUACAGAGGAGAGCCUUGGAGACUAUGAUAAAAACAUAUGGGCAAACGCCACGACAGCUGUUCCACUCUGCACACGUCAGCCGACCUGGAUCCAGGCUUUUGAUGGAAGGGGAGCUUCCUGCUGCAAUGGGAUUGCUAGUGCAACUUGCGUUCAGAGAAACCAGGGAAAGCGUAAAAGAAAUUGUUUAUCCUAGUCCUUUGCCAUGGAUAAGAGGUCUGAAAUGGGGAGAGUAUGUUGGGUCUCCAAGUGCUCCAGAUCCCAGUGUUUGCUUUAGCCAGCCUCAUGGAGAAAGAUUUGGAUCCUUACAGGCAUUGCCCACAAGGGCCAUCUGUGGCUUAUCUUGGAAAUUCUGCUUAAUGAUGAUUUACAGUAAAGAGCAAGGUGUCCGAAGCAUGCAUAGUACUGAUAUCCAGUGGUCUGCGAUUCUUAGUUGGGGAUAUUCUGAUAACAUUUUAAGACUGAAAAGCAAACAGAGUGAACCACCAGUGAAUUUCAUUCAGUGCUCUGAAUUGCAUCAGGUCACAAGUUGUGCCUGGGUGCCGGACAGUUGUCAACUCUUCACAGGCAGCAAAUGCGGUGUUAUCACAGCGUACCUGAAUCGGUUUACUAACAGCACGCCACUGGAAAUUGAAGUUGAAUCCCAAAUACAUCUUUAUGGUCAUUCUGCAGAGAUAACCAGUCUGUUUGUUUGCAAACCCUACAGUAUACUAAUUAGUGUCAGCAAGGAUGGAACAUGCAUUAUAUGGGAUUUAAACAGGCUAUGCUAUGUGCAAAGUCUGUCUGGUCACAAAAGCCCUGUUACGGCCGUUUCCGCUAGUGAAACAACUGGAGAUAUUGCUACUGUCUGUGAUUCAGUUGGGGGUGGUAGUGAUCUAAGACUGUGGACUGUCAAUGGUGACCUUAUUGGACAUGUGCAUUGCAGAGAAAUAAUUUGCUCUGUCGCUUUUUCUAACCAACCUGAAGGAACAUCAGUCAAUGUGAUUGCAGGGGGGCUUGAAAAUGGAGUUGUGAGGUUAUGGAGUACUUGGGACUUAAAACCAGUUCGAGAAAUUACUUUUCCUAAGUCCAAUAAACCAAUUGUAAGUCUUACCUUUUCCUGCGAUGGUCAUCACCUGUACACAGCCAACAGUGAAGGAACUGUAAUUGCCUGGUGUCGUAAGGACCAACAACGCUUAAAACUGCCGAUGUUCUAUUCAUUCCUUAGCAACUAUGCAGCAGGCUAGAAGAUAAUAAGCCUUAUAUCAUUAAAUCAUUUGUGAAUAUGUGGAAUUUGGAGAGUAAAGUUACACUUAAAUAAAAAAAACAAAAACAAACAAAAAAAACAUGCAUCAUGAAAGUCCUACAGUCCUGACUCACAAAGAGCCAUAUUUAUCUGCACUGAAAGAUAUUCAAUUGAAGUACAUUGCUUGCAAUCAUGAAUUGUCAUUUAUUUAUUGAAAUGUAUUGAUUUACAUUACAUAUCAACCAGGCAUCCCAUUACUAGUUUGAAAGAGUAUUUGACUAGCAUUUUCCUUCAAAAA